GCUACGAGAAAUGUGAGAUUGAAUUUAAUUUCCGUAAGCCUGUCAAUAAUUCUGUGUAAUGUUCAUUGAGCCAUCGAAAGAAAGAGCAGAAAAAGGCUGGAAUUUUUCCAAAUUGAACGUACAAAAUGAGUAACAUUUCAAAAGCAGUUAAUAGCCUGACCAACAAGGCACAUAAACUAUCAAAGAACUUCCACGAGCUGCUCAACAAGUCAACAGUUCUUUUGGCCGACAGCCAGAAUGUGGAUCAGAUGAUCAUUGACUCGUGUGGUGUACAGGAUGAUCAAUUGUUAAAGAAUCUGGUCAAAUAUUGCAAUGACGAUGAGCGCAUUCAUCAACUGCUCGAGAAUGCCGAGCUGAAACAGACAUUGGAGGAGUACAAAGCGGGCAUUGAGCACAUUAUGCAGAAAUAUAAAUACCACUGUCAAGGCAACAUUCUCAAUGAACGUUACAAUCUUCGGGCCAAAUAUGUUGCCGGCUUGCAGGCGAUUGCGAACAGUUUAGAUAGGCGCAUCGAGGAAAUGACACUUAUCAUGAUGUUCACAGUGGGCCUGGAAGAGCACAGCAGCAGUGAGAAUCAGCGCAUAAUUCAGCAGUUGAAGAAAGAGAAUGAAAUGAUGCGUCGCCAGCUGCAGAUUAGCAACAAUUUCACUGGCAAGAAUUCCUUUCAACAGAAUCAACCAAUCCAAAUCGAUGCCAGCACACAACUCGAUCAGGACAACGAAUUGACAAAGGAUUCCGGCUCAGCCUCCGCCUCUGCCUCCAUUUUUAAAUCGGACUCCGACUCGGACUCCGGCUCUGAGAGUUUUCACAGUUUUGUUACUUGUUUCUCCUACAGCUGUGAGUCUCAAUCAAAUGUCAGUGAAAUCGAACAGUCAAAAUUCAAGAAGCAGCAGUAACAGUUUUAUUGUUCAUACACUUAUAAAUUAAAUACAACAUAAAUAUAAAUAUUAUAAAAUUAAAAGCAACUAAAGUAUAAAAAAAAGGAAACAAC